AUGGGCACAGUCCCCCCAACAUUUUUGGGCCUUGGGUGCGCCGCCGCAGUCGCCGUCGAAGUCGCCGCCGAAGUUGCCGUUGAAGUCGCCGUCGAAAUCACCGCCAUCUCGUCACUCGACGUCCAGACCUCAGACAGACAAAUCGAUGCAGCCACCGUCCUCAGUUGGACCCUAGCUGGAACACGUCACGCACCAGGUCUCAAACCCGACGAAGUCUCAGCCCGUCGCCGCCGUAUUCCCCGGCCUGUCCCGUCGCCGUUGUCGCCAUAUCCGCCGGUGAAGCAAGACGGCGGCGGCGGAUCGGACGGCGGACCAAGACAACUACGGUGGUCGGAUGGCGGAACGGGGCCGCGACGGCUACGGCAGCGGCGGACGGAUGUCGUGGGCGAGACGGCGGCGAUAAGUGUAGGUCUGCAAGCUCUCCAGGAAGACGAAACCGAGGCCACGUGCUCCUACAUUGGCAAGGUUGGGCGGCGCGUGGUGGUCGGAGAAGGGCCGACGAGGUACUUCACGGUCGAAUUCACGUCGAACUUACAUUGA